GAGAGUAAACAAACUAUUCGCUGGCGUUGCACUCGCAACGUGAGCAUUGACAACGGCGAAUGUUUCCUCAUUCGACUGUGAACUCCGCGAGCCUAAAGCAUCUCUGGCCGAUGGCGGACCAAUACGAGGUACUCGAAUCCCUGGCGCUGCAGGAAUCAGUUGAGACUGAAAUCCUAGACAAGUGCCGCCAGUCCCCAAACGGGGCCACAAACAUGGCAGAACUGUUGGCCGACAAGCGUUCGCACAUAGCCAUGCCGGGCAUUUACCUUAUGGCUGCCAUGAACUUGUGCAGUCAGGGCAAAGUGCGUGUGCAGCAGAAGGGGCAACAUCUGACCGAGGAUGCAUCUACUGCGGAUAAUUUGAUCAUCACGUUGCUAAACUAAUAACUCAACUUGCAAAUGUUCUUAUUACUGAUUAAUACACAGUUGUUGCCCGGCUGAGUUUUUUUGUUUUUAUGUAUUUCAUGUCAUAUUUCAUAGACCAUAUUAACGGGUUGCACGAACAAA